ACUGCCAACUUUGACUGUCAAUGUCACCGUCAUAAAAUUUCAGUCUAGAUCUUUUUUCUCUUUCUUUUUGUGUUUCUUGUUCAGAAAGGAAAUAUGGCCACCUCAAAGAAGAAGACCAGGAAGUUGAGAGGACACGUCAGCCAUGGACACGGACGUAUCGGAAAGCAUCGCAAGCAUCCUGGUGGUCGCGGUAAUGCCGGUGGCGAGCACCACCAUAGAAUCAACAUGGACAAGUACCACCCUGGCUACUUUGGAAAGCUUGGCAUGAGAAAUUUCCAUCUACGGAAGAACAAGGACUUCUGCCCCGUGAUGAACUUGGACAAGCUAUGGAGCUUAGUGUCUGAGCAAACUCGUUUGAAGUAUGCCAAUGCAACUGACGGCAAGGUUCCAGUCAUCAACAUUGUUAAGGCUGGCUACUAUAAAUUGCUAGGCAAAGGAAAACUACCUAAGCAGCCUGUGAUCGUCAAAGCAAAAUUCUUCUCAAAAUCCGCUGAGAAGAAAAUCAAGGAUGUGGGUGGUGUUUGUGUACUUUCCGCGUAAUUUUAAGUAAAAAAUAAAAUUAUAAAACACUU